CCCAGGAAUCUGGUUGUGCGUGCUUGAUUGACAGGUCGCAUCUCCAGUCCGUCCAAUCAGAAGUGCGCGCGACGGUCCCGCCCCCCUCAAAGGUGCACUCAUAGAGCGCCUCUCGGAGUGGCUCGUAUGCACAUGGUCCGUGCGCAUCCAUCCCCUACACAUGGUGUUCAGGUCGCCUCUCGACUUCUUCUCCGCCUCCCGUCUACUCCUUCCCCCCACGGCCAAUGCCACCCCCGGCGACCCCCCGGUCUCCUGCGCCCCUCUACCGGGCCUGUGCUUCUCGGCCUCGCAGAUCGCCAGCGUAUGCGAGACGCUGGAGGAAACGGGCGACGUGGAGCGCCUGGCGCGCUUCCUCUGGUCCCUCCCGGUGACCUCGGACGGGCGUGACUCCAUCUCGGAGCACGAGUCAGUGCGGCGCGCCCGCGCCGUGGUGGCCUACCACACCGGCAGCUUCCGCGAGCUGUACCGCAUCGUGGAGACUCACCGCUUCACACGCGCUUCCCACGGCAAACUGCAGGCCAUGUGGCUGGAGGCGCACUACCGAGAAGCGGAGAAGCUGCGCGGCCGGCCGUUGGGGCCCGUGGACAAGUACCGCGUCCGCAAGAAGUUCCCGCUGCCGCGCACCAUCUGGGACGGCGAGCAGAAGACGCAUUGCUUUAAGGAGCGCACGCGCGGACUUCUGCGCGAGUGGUACCUCCAGGAUCCCUACCCGAACCCCGGCAAGAAACGAGAACUGGCGCACGCUACCGGCCUCACUCCGACCCAGGUGGGGAACUGGUUCAAGAACCGCAGGCAGCGAGAUCGAGCCGCGGCUGCCAAAAACAGGUUGCAGCACCACCGUUUGUGUUCUGAAGGCGCGGGCCAUCCCCUAGGCGUGGGGGCGUGCAGUCCGAACCUGAACGCGGACCGAGCCGACGGCCAAACACUCCUCUCGGUAACGGACAGUGACUCGGACUUGGACGUCUGACGCUUAUCAUGAUCACAAAUAUCAUUAUUAUUGUUAUUAUCAUUAUGAAUAUUACAUGAUGAAUAAUAUUACAAAUAUUGGAUUGAGAAAACACUGGUGGUCCCAAUCUCCCCGGACCCUCAUACUCAGCUAUGCAAGCUUGUUGUAUUUGUGCAUUGACAAUCCACAUUUCAUGUCUUUUUUUAAAUAGUCAUAUGGUGUCCCAGGUGUCCGCGAAUGUAGACAAUCAUUUUUCCUAUAAUUUAACGUUGACCUCCAAUGUUUUAUGUACUUGAAAUCAAAUGUUUUGUUACUUUAUAUAAAUAAAAGUAUUUAAUGUA